UGGGUGCUGAGCUGUGCCCCAUUCCUCAGGUCUACAGUUAGUGCAGAGAGAGACUCAGCUUUUCUUUUCCUUUUCUUUGCGUGCCUGUCUCAAAAUGUUGAGCUAACUUCAUGAAUUCUCCUGUUUCAAAUUACGGAAUAAUGUUAACAAGUGCAGCUGAGAGAAUGUAGUAAAUUAGAACUCUCUUCAUUUGGGAGAAAGAAGAUGGUUCUCUUUUCUCCACUGAAUAUGUGUGAAUCCAAAGAGAAGGCUUUUUUCAAGUUAUUGCAUGGUUCAGGAAAAGAAGGAACAAGCAAAGAAACCAAAAUCAGAGCUAAGGACAAGAGAAACAGGCUGAGUCUUCUGGUGCAGAAAGCAGAGUUCCACGCGGACUGCCACCUCAAGAGACUAGGGCACCUGAGCAGAGACGCAAGAGUUCCCCCAGAAGAAGCAAAGAAAUGGGGUGAAUCAUUUGACCAGCUGCUUUCCCACAGAGAUGGAUUAGAAGCUUUCACCAGAUUUCUUAAAAAUGAAUUCAGUGAAGAAAACAUUGAAUUUUGGAUAGCUUGUGAAGAUUUCAAAAAAAUCAAGGAUCCUCAACAAAUCGCUCUUACAGCAAAAGCCAUAUUUGAGAAAUUUAUUCAGAAUGAUGCUCCACAAGAGGUUAACCUUGAUUUUCACACCAAGGAAGGCAUUUCCCAGAGCAUCGUCCAGCCCACCCUCCACAGUUUUGAUGCUGCACAGAGUAGAGUGUAUCAGCUCAUGGAACAAGACAGUUACACACGAUUUUUGAAAUCUGACAUCUAUUUAAGCUUGCUAGAAGGAAGACCUCGGAGCAACCCCUCAAAGAACCGAGAUAGAUACUCAGUGAUCUCAUGUCAUCUCCAAUCAACCUAA